AGGAACCGAACAAGCGUAAACAAUACGCCAUCGUCGAAUGAUCUUGUUUAGUGCGACGUUGGUCAGAAAUCGUCGUGUAGAACCGGGUGAAACAAACAAGUGUGCCGUGUUUCGUGCGUGUUUUGCUUUCUCGUGAGCAGUUUCCAUUCGAGCGCAAGUAAUAUCUCCGACCCGCACCAUGCUUAUCACAGUGCUGGACGUAACCAUGACCGAGGGUUCCACCUUCGAGGUGGCCGACGAUAUGGAGGUGGAGAAUCUGAUCGCCCUGUGCCGGAUGGAAUUCAACAUACAGGAGAACCUGGAACUAAAGCUGUCCAGCAAGCAGGGCGUAAUGCUGAACCACAGGGAAACUCUAACGCACUACGGUGUCAAGGAUGGAGACUUGGUGUGGCUGCACAAAGCCGAACCGCGACCGGCCCGUCCACCGGCACCGAGUGCCACAGAUGCAUCGAGACUGGCGAGUCUAGAUUUUGGCUCCAUCCAAGUACCGAGUCGAUUGUCCGGUGCCGCUAGUGGUUCUGCGGCAGCCAGUGGGUCCACCGCCGGUGGCGCUGGUCCUGUGAAUCCACGCCCGUCGCCCUCGGUGGGCAUGGAGGACGAUCCGGCCGUGGUGCGGGAGAUGUUUCUUUCUAAUCCGGACCAGCUGGCACUGUUGAAGCAAAACAAUCCGCGACUGGCCGAGGCACUGCUUUCCGGCAACCUUGACACGUUUGCCGGCGUGAUGCGCAAGCAGAUUGCCGAGCGCAUGGAGAAACAGCAGAAGCGACUUCGAAUACUGCAGGCCAGCCCGUUCGAUGCGGAAGCCCAGCGGCUGAUUGCCGAGGAGAUCAAACAGAAGAACAUCGAAGCGAACAUGGAGGCCGCGAUGGAGUUCAAUCCCGAAACUUUCGGCACCGUGGUGAUGCUUUAUAUUAACUGUAAGGUCAAUGGUCACCCGGUCAAGGCAUUCAUUGACUCGGGCGCCCAGGCAACGAUCAUGAGUGCGGCCGCUGCCGAGCGGUGCAACAUUAUGCGGCUGGUGGACACGCGCUGGGCGGGCAUCGCGAAGGGUGUCGGCGUGCAGCGGAUCAUCGGGCGCAUCCACAUGGUGCAGAUACAGAUCGAGAACGAUUUCCUCACCUCGAGCUUCUCGGUGCUGGAGGAGCAACCGAUGGACAUGCUGCUCGGGCUGGACAUGCUCAAGCGCCAUCAGUGCAACAUCGAUCUCAAGGGCAACGUGCUGCACAUCGGCACGACCGGCACGAAGACUCCGUUCCUGGCCGAAGGAGAUCUGCCCGAGUGUGCCCGGUUGACGGGCAGCCCGGAGGAAGAAAAGCGCGCCCUAAACGAGUCGACCAAACUGGCGGAGGAGCUGGCGAUCAAGGAAGCGCUCACCCGAAGUGCCCAAGAAGAAGCAGCGGCAAGCGGCAGCAGCAGCAGCAAACAACACAACCAGCAAACCUCAGCUUCCAGCACGGCCACGUCAACCACUACCACUCCUACCUCGGCCGCUAGUGCUCCCGUGCCGAUGGAGCAAGACACAGCGGCCCCAGUGACGAACGUGCCGGUAUUAGCGUCCGCGGUGACGGAGGAAAUACCGCUCACGCUGCUGCCAACCGAUCGUUUCACCGAGAUGGACGUGGUCGAGCUGGAAUCGAUGGGCUUCAACCGGCAGCUGGUGCUGGACGAACUCAGGGCCGCCAACGGCGACAAAACGAAAGCGACUUCGGGACUGUUUCUGAAGCUAGGAUAA